AGGAACGGGGCCGGGGGGUGGUGGUGGGGACGAGAGCCGGGAAGGGAGAGCGAGACGGGCGCUGUUAGCGUGGAGACGCUGCUCGGCCGCGCGGGGGAGGGACACUCUUUGACUUGCGCGGUGAGGGGGUGGUGAGGAGUCGGCGGCAGGACUGCUGCUGUCACCGGGGUUCCUUUGUCUGGGGUGGUCAGCGGAGCAAAGGACGUGGCGGUGGGAAGAGCGACGCGGCUCUGUUUGGGAAGCGGUUGCAGGCCAGUGGCUGGCCUCGUGUCGCGCCGCCGGAGUCGGCGGGGGUGGUGGAGGAAGCGGUUCGUGGGGCCUGGAGGCCCAGGGUGGUGGUGGUGGUGCCCGCCAGGGUGCUGACAGCAACAAGUGUGACUUGGGGAGCCGGUGUUGGGACGGGCAUACUGCUCGUGCGGUGGUUACUUGUGGGUGGUGUCAGGAGGGCACGAGGUGUUAGGUCGCUGUCGGCCCGGCCCGGCGCCGGGUUUGGCUGCCACAUGGCCCCGAAAGACUCCAAAGAUAUCCUGCAGAUGGAUCUGUACGGCCUAUUGGGUAUCAAGGAGAACGCGUCUCCUAAGGAGAUCAAGAAGGCGUACAGGAGAAAGGCGCUUGAGUGUCACCCGGACAAAAACCCAGACAACCCCAGUGCUGUGGAGCUGUUUCACGAGCUGUCCCGGGCCCUCGAAGUGCUGACGGACGCUGCAGCCAGGGCAGCCUAUGAUAAAGUGCAAAGGGCGAAACGUCUCGCAGCCGAAAGGACCAAGAAUCUCGAUGAAAAACGAAAGAAGGUGAAACUGGACCUGGAAUCGAAAGAGAGCAAUGCGUGGAGCAGCCGAGAGGAGCAGGAAGCGGCAGCGAAGCGGCUUCAGGAAGAGAUCGAGCGACUGAGAGAGGAGGGAUCGCGCCAACUGGAGGAGGAGCAGAAGCUGAUCCGAGAGCAAAUUCGGCGACAGAAGGAGCAGAGCGGGCAAGGCCUCUCCACAUCCACACAUCAAGUUACACCCAAGCUGAAGGUGAAAUGGAAGAGCAAGAAGGAUGACGAAUCGAACGGCGGAUACUCGAAGCAACAGCUGAUGGUCAUCUUUCAGAAGUACGGUGAGGUUAUGAACCUUCUCAUAUCCGCCAAGAAGAAAGGAUCAGCAAUCGUCGAGUUUGCUUCGCCCAAGAGCGCGGAUUUGGCGGCACGGAACGAGCUGGGCCUUGCGCAGAACCCCAUCUCGGUGUCGUGGCUGGAGGGCCGUCCUCCUGGGUUCUCCAGCUCCUCCCGCCCUCCCUCCGGCCCCACCAGUAGCACCGCCCAGCAGCCCGUGGAGCGAGACUUUGAGUCGGUGGUGAUGAUGAGGAUGCGUCAGGCGGCGGAGAGACAGCGACUCAUAGACGAGAUCCGUCGCGAAGAGGAGGAGGCGGGGGAGCUCUGAGGAAUGGUGCGAGUGUCUUAAGAGGUGUGUGUGCAUGUGUAUGUGGUGAGCGGUAGUUUAGUGGUUAGCUAGUUUAGCGGUUAGCUAAACUACCACUGGCUAAACUACCAGUGGUGAUUAUC